UUACCUGCCUACGUUUCUACAUGUUUUUUUCUAGCCUGCUUGGAGUGCUCCGAAAACUGAAAUACUUUAUAAACAUGUCACAGUUACUACACUGCUGUGACAUGCUUUCUUAAGUAUCUCUGAUGCAUAUUGGGCAGACAGAUGAAUGGCCAGGCUUCUGAACGUCCACAGGGAUCUCCCACUACCACAGGAUGUAGGUAGUAAAGUUGCCAUGGUAACGGGAGAUUAUCUGUACUACCACUAUGGCUGUGAUGGCAUUGAUGACAGGGGUUGGGGAUGUGGGUACCGGACCCUACAGACACUUUGUUCAUGGGUGAGAUUCCGCAAACUGAAGCUCAACCAAGACAGCCGACAGACGGAACCGAGUUUGCGUGAGGUUCAGGAAGCCCUUGUUGCCAUGGGUGACAAGAAGCCAUCCCUGAUUGGCUCUAAGGAGUGGAUCGGCUCAUACGAAGUCUGCAUCUGCAUUGACCAUUUUUAUGAUGUUCCCUGCAAGAUUCUGCACGUCAACAGCGGUACUGAGCUAAUUGAUAAAAUCCCUGAUUUGUUACAACACUUUCAAGAAGUAGGAUCCCCCGUUAUGAUGGGUGGUGACACUGAUGCAUCCUCCAAAGGCAUUGUAGGUAUCUGCAUCGGCCAGCAACAAACCUGUCUAUUAGUUCUGGAUCCACAUUUCUAUGGGGACCCAACUUUUGACACUCUCACAAGUUCAUCCUAUUUAUUGUGGAAACCACUCGACUCGUUCAUGGAGAACUCCUUCUACAACCUAUGCCUACCGAUAGUAAAGAAAGCUAGGUGACCAGAUGUCCUUUUCAUCACCACGGCUUGCUGUGUUACCAACUUUGAAGGUCAUUCAGCAGUGCCUAAGGGAGAAAUAUCCCAGUGUCUGAAUAUCUGUGCUCACCAGCAAUUAACAGGCAAUGAUGAACUGCCCUCAGGAUGAGAUGGUAAUGCCUCCACAGCAGGUUGUCCUGUUGAGUUUACAGGAAGGAAUGACAAAACUUUCUCAGUAAAUUCUCAGGAAGUUUUCCUUCACAUCAACUUGUCAUGUCAAUCUCCAAAGAAUAGGAAUCUAUUUUGAAGUGCCGUCUCCCGGUUGUCGGAAUUUACCAGGAAAGGGUCAAAGAUCCCUCUCACAGCAUCCAGACAGGACGCAAAUGUACAAUAUUUUGAUGCAGUUGAUCAAGUGCAUUUCACUGCAGUGCAGUCCAGUGGCUUGUAUAUGAGACUGAUCAAUAGCCACACUCUGUGCAUUAUUUCUAAUUCUGAUUGUUACUACGCCCUGCACCUGUUCCUGAAACAAUGGCCAUCACCUUUAUAAUAGACGUUACUGGAAAAGUGACACAUGUUGAACCAUAGAGCCAGGAAAGAAACUCAAUGGGUCUAUUACAAUGGCACAUGCACUCUGGAUAUAUAUGAAUGUGUCAAGGUUGUUGGUAUACAAAUGUUCACCUUGUAUAUUUGUGUUGUGGUAAAAAUGUAUUGAACAAUUGACAGUUUUAUUCUUAGACCCAUGUACUGUAAACCGUUUGCAGUUCAUUUGAAUUGGAACUGUAUUUAAUCAUGGUAGGCUUCCCAUGUAACUUUGUGGUCAGUAUGUGCAUUGAAUAAACACUAGUGAGACAUUAUUUUUUCGUUUGUUUUUAACCAAAGCACCUUCAAGUUGUCAAUUUUAAAGAAAACUUAUCAGCAGAAACUAUUUUUAAACAAAUAUAGAAGGGUAAGCCUUGGAAACCUUAUCAAAUUGUGGCCAAAAUUUGACUUUCCUCCAAAUUACUCUGAAACAAGUUUUGAAUGAUAAAAGUAUUUCAUCCUUUUUGAGGCAUCUACAUCUGAAUUUUAAGGAAAAUUGAAAAUGAAAACAGUAAAAAAAGUUACAAGGGUAACACCUUGAAAUUUUGCAAAAGCCUUGCAAAACAAUUCAAUUACGGGCAAAAUCUAAUGUUUCUCCAAAUUACCCAGAAAGAACUUUUGAAUGAAGAGCAAUGUACAUUCUUUUUAUGGCAUGUGGAUCUCAGUUUUAUUGAAAAAUCAAAUUGCCAAAAUUUGAAAAAAUUACAAGGGGUUAGCCUUGCAAAAUAAUGAAAUUUUGGCCAAAAUUUAAUCUUUAUCCAGAUUACCCAGAAACAAAUUUUCAAAGAAAGGAAAUGUAUUUUCGGCCUUUUUAAAGUAUCUAUAUCUGGAUUUUCGUGAAAACUCAGAAUAGAAAAAUUUGAAAAACUUACAAAGGGUUAGCCUUGCAAAAUGAUUAAAUUUUUGGUCAAAAUUUAAUGUUUCUCACAAUUACUCAGAAGUUUGAAUGACAAUAAAGGUGUUUAUUUAUUUGAAAGUAUCUUGAUCUCGAUUUUAUUGAAAAUUCAAAAUGGAAGAAUUUGAAAAAAUAAUCAGGGGGUAGCCUUGCAAAAUAGUUACAUUUUGGCCAAAAUUUAAUGCUUCUCCAAAGUACUCAGAAGGACGCUUUGAAC